AAGAUGACAUGGGAUGUGUGGCAGCUUCGUGAGGAUGAGAAGAUAGUCGUCGGAUGCAACGAACUAGGACAACCCAUCAAGAAGGUUGGAAGCCUUUUGUCAAGUUUUUUAGGAUCGGUUGCGCGUAGGGGUCAGUUGUGUUCGCUCAACUAUCAUAAGUGGAAUGAUAUGCUUCCUUCUUAUAAAGUUGAGCUUCUUAAAGUUGUACAGAAAAAGUUUGUGCUUCCUCUAGAGAGCCAUGAUUGGGUGCUAAAGUCCCUCAACAACAAAUGGAAAGAAUAUAAGUCGAAGUUGAAAGCCGUCUGGAAGCGUGAGGGUAUGACAGAGGAGGAGGUUGCUUGUAUUUGUCCUCCUAAUGUAUACCAUCAUUAGUGAAGGGAGCUUGUUUACUAUUGGUUUUCCAAGAAAGGACAUGUUGUGUAUACUCUCUCAA